AUUGGAGGCAAAUGGACUUCCGGUGGUUCCCAGGGUAGCUGGGGCUCACAAUGGCAGCCUCUUUGGUCGGGAAGAAUGUCGUGUUUGUCACGGGGAACGCCAAGAAGCUGGAGGAGGUCGUCCAGAUUCUAGGAGAUAAGUUUCCAUGCACUUUGGUGGCACAGAAAAUUGACCUGCCAGAGUACCAGGGAGAGCCAGAUGAGAUUUCCAUCCAGAAGUGUCAGGAGGCAGCUCGCCAGGUGCAGGGACCUGUGCUGGUGGAGGAUACCUGUCUGUGCUUCAAUGCCCUUGGGGGGCUCCCUGGCCCUUACAUAAAGUGGUUUCUGGAGAAGUUAAAGCCUGAAGGUCUCCACCAGCUCCUGGCCGGGUUUGAGGACAAAUCGGCCUACGCGCUCUGCACGUUUGCCCUCAGCACAGGGGACCCCCGCGAGCCGGUGCUGCUGUUCAAGGGCCGGACCUCGGGCCGGAUCGUGGUGCCCCGAGGCUGCCGGGACUUUGGCUGGGACCCCUGCUUUCAGCCUGAUGGAUAUGAGCAGACGUACGCAGAGAUGCCCAAGGCUGAGAAGAAUGCCAUCUCCCAUCGCUUCCAAGCCCUGUUCAAGCUGCAAGAAUAUUUUGGCAGUUUGACUCCGCCUGGGGCUGGAGGAUGCCACUCGGGCUGAGGAUCCGGGGAGGGCUAGCCUGAAACCCACUGUCAGGCAGGCACCCCUCAAGGCACUUCCUUUAGGGUUCCCACUUCCUGGAGGUGUUGCAGCAGCCUCACCAGCCCUGCUGGCUCUGUUUUGGGCAUGAGACAACAUAAUCUUUCCCUCAGGGAUUUGGUGACCUCUCCUACCACCUUCAGGCCUGGGAUCCUUCAAGGACCUUGGGUGUUAAAACUGGCCUUGGCAAGAUUGCGGGUUUUGGGAGAGAACCCCUCAAAUGUUCUUGGACAUUUUUAAGAUACAGCAAAUAAAAAUUCUGGAAGGCACUUGCUUCCAAAAUAAACUGAAUUCAGCUGCUUUGAAA